AUGUCAGUUUUGUUUAUCACUGCUUUUCUAAUAACAUUCUCACUUUCUAAACAAACAACUAACACAAACAAAAUUUUAAAAACAGAGUUUGAAACUCAUUGGAAAAAAUGGAAAAGUGACAACAAGAGAAUAUAUAAUUCUAUAUCUGAAGAACUAACUCGUAAAGCAAUAUUUCUUUCAAACCUUAAAAAAAUUAAUGAAUUAAAUUCACAAAGAAUUGAUCCAGAUGACGCUGUGUUUGGUUUAAAUGCUUUUAGUGAUCUAAAACCUGAGGAAUUUUCAAGAAGAUUUAAUAAAAUUAACUUAAAGUUACUUAAACUAAAACAAAGAAAUCAUUACAAACUUCCUGUUCCAAGUGGAGAGGUUCCCACACAAUAUUCUGCCUGUCUUCAAGACAUGUUGUUAGACAAAAACUCUUCAAACGAAAUAGAUUUAUGUGGUGGAAUAGUGAUUGACCAAGGUGACUGUGGCAGUUGUUACGCUAUUUCGAAUGCACAUGAACUUCAACUAAAAUAUGCUAAUUUAACUUUAACUCAAAGAGGAAAAAUUGAAUAUGAAAUGUUCAGUCCUCAACAACUUAUGGACUGUACAGAAAAUAGUUAUUAUUGUGAAGGUGGUACAGCAGAUGAACCAUUAAUGUCUUCCCAUUAUGUUGUAUUUGAAAAGGACUAUCCAUAUAUUUCUUAUUCAAACACGUUAAUUAAUAAUUCUUGUGUCCAUGAUAAACUUACACCAAUGAAGGUUUCAUUUUCAUUAUUUGAUUCAGCACAGAACUUUGAAAUUUUAAAAAGAAUAACAUAUUAUUAUGGCUCUUUUGUCACCUCUGUAAAAGCAUCAUCUGAUUGGUCAUACUACCACUCUGGAAUUUAUUCACAUAGUUGUACAAAAAAUGUUGUCACUAAUCAUGUUAUUGAGAUAGUUGGCUACGGUAAUCACAAUGGAAAAGAAUAUCUUAUUGCUAGAAAUUCUUGGGGAAAAAACUGGGGUAUUGAUGGCUUUAUAAAGAUUUCUGCCAAAUCACUCUGUGGAAUUGGAGGUGAUGAUGGUGGAAUUUAUCCAGUAUCUCUUAUCCAACACACUGACUUUAGUGAUGUUCCAAAAGGUAAAUACGGAAAAAAGUCAUAUAAACAAGAAGUUCAGCCGAAGUUAUAUAAUGGAACUGAUAAAUAUGAUAUUUAUGAACAAUUUCCUGAUUCUUCAGGAGAUUCAUUCAUUGACAUUAUUAUCAGUUUUAUAGUUACAAUACCAUUAGUUGUUGGUUUAAUUUCUUGGGCAAUUUGUGCAAUUGUCAUUUUGAUAUUAUCUUGUGUUUUUUAUUUGAAUAAAAACUAA